AUGUGUGAACAAUGCAUCUGGGUGCGCAACGCCACGGCGUCGUCGGUGGAGGGUCGCGGGGGUGCGGGCGGGGCGGACGAGCCCGCGCCCUCGCCCGCGCCCGACGCGGAGGCGCCCGUGCGCCGCCGCCGCCACCGUCCGCUCUACCGCCGACUCUUUCACUAUGUGCGCACCGCAUGGACCGGCGUCAAGUUUGCCCUAGGUCUCACAGCGCAGUCCGAAAAUUCCGAACUAGAGGAGUUGGGUGAACAGCUUCCUCGGUAUCGGCCGGACUCAAUAGCGGCGCUCCGUCGAGCGACGCGAUUUACAGAACCCGAGCUGAAGAGACUAUAUCGUGGCUUCAAGGCCGAAUGCCCAACAGGAGUAGUGCGAGAAGACACCUUCAAAAUUAUAUACUCACAGUUCUUCCCACAAGGAGCAAAUACCGCCCAAUAUGCACACUACGUUUUCAACACGUUGGACCAAGAUAGAAGUGGCUUGUUAAGUUUUGAGGAGUUUGUUACCGGUUUAUCAAUCCUAUCGAGAGGAACAUUAGAAGAGAAACUUCGGUGGACUUUCUCCCUGUACGACAUAAACGGGGACGGCUGUAUCACGAAAGAGGAAAUGACGGAAAUAGUGGGCGCUAUAUACGACCUCAUGGGCAAGAUCGUGGAACCAAUAGUCGACGAUGAAGUCGUACGUGAUAAAGUUGAGAGGCUAUUUCAGAAAAUGGACCUCAACCGAGAUGGUGUCCUAACGCUAGACGAGUUCCUCGACUGCUGUUUGCGCGAUGAAGAAAUCUCUAGAUCUAUGGGUGUUUUUGACAGCAACUUCUGACGGCCUGCGGACGGCGCGCGCCCGGUACCACGCUGCGCUCCGUAAUUUUUAGAAAUUGCCAGUUCUAAUAUACUUUACAUUACCGCAAAACCUUGAAAAUAAUUACUAAUAACGGAUUUUCAUCGUGUUUUCAAGGUCAAGGUCGGAUUUGUAAUAUUGAAUGGCGAUUCAGGUGCAAUACUUACAUCUAUUUAAAUAAGAGCUCCAACAAGUGUUACAUGGUGACAUACUGGUGCAAAAUGACAAUUAAAAUUUAUGAGCGGGUUUGUCUUUUAUUAUAAAGUAAAUAUUAGCGCUUCGGUCUUUUACUUGAUUGGAAAUCGGACCCUAUGUAUGUACGCCAGAUUAUAAAAAUAAAUAAUUUGCUUCGUGUCGCAGUACCGAAAAAUACCGUGUGACAAAAGUCGAUUAGUUAGUGUAUUUGUAAUAUGAUUUAAUACGAAUUAGCCACAUAAAGAGUGUAUAUGAGCGAUAGAAUUUGUAGAUAGAUAUGAAAUUUACGUAAAUUGCCUUAUCAUUAGGGCUGCACGCGUAGAUAAUAACAUCAACCUACCACAUCCAACUAGUUCACCAGCUUCCUGCUUCAGUGAACAUCUAGUUCUAAGUUUAUUAUUAGCUAAUUUUAUAUAUAGAAUUGCAUAUACAAAUUAAAAAAGAAUUUCUUAGCAAAACAGAAUAUAGCUGAUCUAAUUUUUUUUCAAGUAGAAAGUAUAAAAUUGGGUAUUUAAAAAGACUAAUUCUAAUAUAAAAAUACUCUUCUUCAUUAGUAUUUCUCAUAUGUAUCACUUUCCAAGUGUGUAGAUAAUAAAAAUCUCGUACUUUAUAUAAAAAAAAUUAUCUGUACGUAGAAUCCUAUUCGAAAUCUUUACUAAAAAAAAGUAGAAAGCAUUAAUUCGACUUGUGGUCAGAAACUUACGAAUAAACUAAACUUGUAAAAUUCUUGAUAUUAUUAUAAAUCUUGUCUGUUCAAAU